AUGGAUCGAGCUCAGCGUUUGCAGGAGAUCUUUGCCGGAGACGAGGCGCUCCUCGAGCUCAAUACUCAACUGACUACAAAGCCCGCACAAGAAACUAUGGAAUUUAUCGUGGCCCCCGAACUGCAGCCAGCUCAACAGGAUCGACCCGACACGACCCAUCUUAGCCCCAGAAAAAUCCCCGAGUGGGAACUUCGCAAUGCAUUCUGCCCCGCCAAAGCACUUCCCAAGUUCCCCUUCAAGUACAUUUUCCCAAAGGAGGGAGAACUGCCGAAGAAAGUUGCAAAGGACUACUUCGACGGUGGCCUGGUCUGGCGACGCGGUUGGGAUGUGUACUACCUGCCAAUUCCUAUUCAGAUCAGCGACCAACCCCUUCUGCUCAUUCCAGCACUACAGGUGAAAGAGUUUCUCGAUACGAUCAACUAUCAAGAGAACUACGACCUGGCCCUCACAACCAGAACAAAAGACGGUAUGGUGCUAUUCUUUGAUGCUGAUGAUGGAACUCCCAAGCCAGUACAACUAGGCCACAUCGACAACCGCGAGUCUCUAGACCUGCUCGAGACACACAUCCCUCUACCCAAGGAGGGUGAUGACGACUGGACAAAAUCAUGUGAGCGAGGGGCCUUUGACAUAUUCCACAAAAAGGUCCAUGAUGGCUUCAUGUCCUUCAAGAAAAGGAAACAAAAGCCCAAGCGACCCCUUACCCCAAUGGAAAAAGCCAUCGCGGGAAUAAGUAAGCAGCAUGUGAAUCAGAGAAUACCAACUCGCGGCCUGUAUCAACUCAAGGCCUACUUUGGGCUUCGACCGCCCAUCAACGAACGGGGCUACUUCGUCAAGGACGAGGAAUUCGCUCCAGUCAAGGUGGAUGCGCCUGUUCCCUGGAACACGGAUGGUAACCCCAUCUUCUACAGCGUUGAUGUGGAGUGGAAUGAGUGGAACGCGGCCCAAGUAACCGAGAUUGGAAUCUCUUCUCUGGAUACCAUUGACAUUCACGGUAUUCAUCCAGGACCUGGCGGGGAGAACUGGGUGAAGCAUAUCAAGUCGGCCCAUCUCCGCACUACCGAGUACAAGAACUUUUGCAACAAGAAGUUCGUGGCUGGAUGCCCUGAUCAGUUCCUGUUCGGCAAAAGUGAACUCGUUCCAAAUGCCCGCUUGGGACGACGAGCUGACUGUUUCUUCGUCGCACCGUACGAUGGAACCGCGCGCACGACACGACCAGGCCUUCCACAACACAAGUUAGGACCCCGCACUAUUGUGCUCGUCGGCCAUAACCCAGAUGCAGAUGUCAGGGUUCUUUCAGAAAGAUGCAGAAUCUUUGAGUCGUUGAAGAACCAAUCCGACAAGGUCAUUCGGGAGGUGAUGGACACUCAAACUCUCUAUGGAUGUCUACGAAAGGAGAGUCUUCGCAGCCUGGAAAAUAUCUUGCUUGGACUGGGGGUUGAGUUCAGGUGCUUGCACAAUGCGGGUAACGACGCUCGUUUCACCCUGGAAGCACUGAUUCGAAUUGCCCUGGAACCGGCACGAAAGAAACCCGAAGACCCCAACGUGGAGGUGAAGACCGGCCAGAAGGUGGUGGUGCAGGAGGCUGAAGUUGCUGUAUCGCAGGAGUGA